AUGGCUUCGGAUUUCGAACUCACAUCGUCUUUCAUUCCAGCGCUGUACAAGCCUGCUGCACUUUUACCAAUUGCGAGGCACAAGCAGAGUUUACUCUACCUUGUGGAGACCUACCCUGUUACUAUAGUUGUUGGGCAAACUGGCAGUGGGAAAACAACGCAAUUACCCCAAUACCUUGAACAGGCAGGAUGGUGCGCCGAUGGGAAAGCAAUAGCAGUGACACAGCCGCGACGGGUAGCUGCCACCACUGUGGCAACUCGAGUAGCUGAAGAGCUGCGCUGCAAAGUGGGCGAGGAUGUAGGUUACUCAAUCCGUUUUGAGGACCUGACUUCUGCUGCUACAAAAAUCAAGUUCCUAACAGAUGGGAUGUUACUAAGAGAGGCCCUUGUAGAUCCUCUUCUGUCACGAUAUUCUGUAAUUAUGGUGGAUGAAGCACAUGAAAGGUCGCUCAGCACAGAUAUUCUCCUGGGCAUUCUUAAAAAAAUCAUGAAGCGCCGCCCUGAACUCAGGAUUGUGGUCAGUAGUGCGACAUUACAAGCUGAAGACUUUCUGCGUUUCUUCACCGGUGAUGAUAUCCAUGAUAAUACAGGCUCGGGUCAAAUUGGGGGAAGUGUUGGAAGAAUCAUCAGCCUGGAAGGAAGGAUGUAUCCCGUGGACAUACUCUUUCUCGAGUCGCCUGCGGAAGAGUACGUUGAGAGGGCUGUUAAAACGGUUUUUGACAUACAUCUGCAAGAGGGAGAUGGUGACAUUCUAGUGUUUUUGACAGGCCGCGAGGAAAUUGACACAACGGUACAGUUGAUUUCUGAACGCGCCGCGGACUUGCAUCCAAAGGCACAGGGCUUGCUUCCACUUCCCUUGUACUCUGGCCUCACAACAGAUCAACAAAUGUACGUUUUCGAGCCAGCGCCCGAGAACACACGCAAGGUCAUCGUAUCGACGAACAUUGCGGAAGCGUCAGUCACCAUUGACGGCAUUGUAUACGUUGUGGACUGCGGGUUCGCCAAGUUAAGAGCAUACAAUCCAAAUACCGGGAUAGAAACAUUAACUGCAGUUCCGAUAUCGAAAGCAGCAGCAGUUCAGCGUGCAGGUCGCGCGGGGCGAACAAAACCUGGCAAAUGUUUCCGUCUCUGUACCCAGCAGACGUACGAAACCCUUCCAGAAGCCACAGUCCCUGAAAUCCAACGAUCAAACCUAGCACCUGUGAUAAUGCAACUCAAGGCCCUCGGUAUAGACAACAUUGUACGAUUCGAUUUUUUUGACGCCGCCUCCUGCGGAGCUUGCAUGCGUAUGGCUGAACUUGCCGUCGAUCCAAUGAUGGCAAAGGUUCUCCUUUCCGCUCAGUCAUUCAACUGUUUAAACGAGGUUCUGUCGAUUGCCGCCAUGGUCAGCCUCCAGGGGUCCGUAUGGGUGCAACAUGAGGGGGAUAAAAAAUCAGCUGAGAGCAACCGCAGAAAGUUCGCAGUUGAAGAAGGAGAUCACUUGACGUAUCUCAAUGUUUACCAGGCAUUUGUCACCGUCGGGAAGAAGGAUCCCAAGUGGUGUCGGGACAACCUCUUAAACUACCGGUCUUUACAACGAGCUCCCCGGGCAACCUGGGAAACAUCUCUGAGCACAUCUGCAGAUGUCUCACGACCGGGGGGGUAUUUCGCACAUGCUGCCAAAAUGCAGCCUGAUGGAACUUUUAAGACAGUUAGUGGUGGUAUUACACUCCAUGCACACCCUAGCUCGCUAAUGUUUUCCCUCCUCUACUCGCAGAUCCAGUUUGAUUCGAUCACAACACUAAAUGAAGCCGCUCCCAAAUCCGGGGCUGCCAUAGUUCAAAAGGCAUGGACUGAAAGACUGAAUGAUCAACCCGAGCUUGAGAGCGAUGCAGAUGAGCAACUGCUAAUGUAUAUUCCCUUCACCGGGCAAGUCAAGGUUCACUCCCUCCUCAUUUACACUGCACCAACAGCAUCUGCUCCCAAAGCCCUGAAACUCUUCAAGAACCGCGAUGAUUUAGAUUUCGCAACAGCCUCGGAACUCGCCCCAAUUCAAACCAUAGAAGUACCUCAGCCAGUCCCUGGCGCGGAUGUCUUUGAGUUGCCAUUAAAUCGUGCUCACUGGAACGCCACCACGUCCAUCACCUUGUUCUUUGAAGACAACUGGAGUGAUGGCGAGGAGGAUGUGACCAAAGUCGGCUAUGUUGGGUUCAAGGGUCAAUUUAUGGCCUUGAAUCGGGAACCAGUCAACUUCCUUUACGAAGCAGCAGCUAACCCUGGUGACCAUGUUGCAAUCCAGGGCGUCAGCGGCGUAGGCGGCAGGAUUAUGCCAGGCCAGUGA